AUGCCUUCACUAUGGCUAUCAGAUACACAAAAAAUAGGCGUUAUAUUUUGCUCCGGUGGCGGAUUUUUCCUCAUCGGUGGUGUUAUGAUGUUCUUUGAUAGAGCGAUGUUGGCUAUGGGAAACAUUCUUUUCCUCAUUGGUCUGACAAUCCUAAUUGGUCCUCAAAAGACGCUUGCCUUUUUUGCUAGUAAGCAAAAGUUGAAAGGCACAGCUGCCUUUUCGUUGGGGCUGAUAUUAAUACUUAUGCGGUGGGCGUUGGUGGGAUUUCUUAUUGAGCUAUACGGAAUAUUUGUGCUAUUUGGGGACUUCAUCAUUACAAUCUCGGGCUUUGCAAGGAGUUUACCUGUCAUAGGGCCUUUUAUUGGAGCUUUAGUUGAUAAGCUCGGUAUAGGAAAGGAUGAAAAUUUGCCAGUUUAA